AUGGAAACCAUCUCUAUCUAUCCAAACUCAUCUUCCCUCACCAUUCUCACCAGACGUUCACUUCCAUCAUCAAGACACAACCAAAUCUUUCUUCCCCACCGUCAAGGGUCUUUCAGUUUCAACCCCAUAUGCUGCACCACCACUGAUAAUAAUAGUAGUAGUAGCAGCAGCAACAACAACACAACCAAUGGUGAUGCAAAAUCUGUUAAAGCACCAAUUGCAACACCAGAGAAUCCUGUAGAAUUGAGCUUCCGGAGAAGGUCGAGAAGGCAAGCCAGACGACAGAAGGAGAGAGAAAACGCCAUGCAAUCCACAGGCAGAAUGGUUGAGAGUCCUCCCAAGAAAUGGGAGGAGAUGAGUUUGGGUGAGAAAGCAGUGGAGCUCUAUGUGGGAGAGAAAGGUGCUCUCUUUUGGCUCAACAAAUUUGCAUAUGCUUCAAUCUUCAUCAUGAUUGGGGGGUGGAUAUUGUUUAGGUUUGUGGGCCCUGCAUUCAACCUUUACCAGCUCGAUGGUCCUCCACUCUCCCCUACUGAUGUCUUAAAGUGA